UACGUGAGCAACAAAUGAAACAGAUGUUUUGUCAAAAAAAAAAAAAAAAAUGAAACAGAUGCCCAGAGAUGAAACAGAUGUCUAAUACGUAAGACAAAUGUCAGUCAGUUUGAGAUGACAAUGCCAAGUAACUGUUACGAUUUAAGAAAGGAGGGAUUAAUUCGUGGGAAAGCAGUCAAAGCACUCUAAUAUGCCCCACUCUAAAAUGGAAACUAUAGCAGUUUUUGGUUCAAAACUUGGAUUUAAUCUUUCCCUUCCUUCUCGGAACAAUUUAUUUCUUCCUCCGACAAUCAAAUUCAACGGCUUUCCCCUGACAUCAUUUCCGGAUAAGCCUAGACAGCAUGUUUGUUUGAAGGCCACUACUAGUACCAGUUCGACGUGUGAUGAUGAUCAAUUAAUUAAUCGCAAGUUUAAGAAGUUGCCACCCUCUGAAUGGACUGAUCACUUUCACUCGGUUCCCCUCGAUGUCUCCGAAAUGGAUGCGCUUAAGAGAGAGAUUGAGACACUAAAGCCUAAAGUGAAGAACAUGUUCAUGUCUUCCCAAGGCACUGAGAGAAUCCUUAUAAUAUAUUUGCUGGUGAGCCUUGGUCUUGCAUACCACUUCGAGGACGACAUCUAUGAUACUUUAAAAGUGAGCUUCACAAAGAUAGAGGAGAUGAUGGAUAGCGAGGAAGAUUUGUACACAGUUUCCAUCAUUUUUUGGGUUUUCAGGACAUACGGUCACUGCCUAUCUUCUGAUGUCUUUACAAGAUUCAAAGAGAGCAACGGAGACUUCAAAGAAACUCUUAAAGAGGAUCCCAGGGGUAUAUUGAGCUUAUAUGAAGCUGCGCACUUGCGGACGACGAAAGAUUAUAUACUGAACGAAGCAUUGGGCUUCACAUCGAGCCAUUUGGAGUCAUUAGUUGCAUGUGGGACAUGCAAGCCUCAUCUUUCAAUGCAGAUACAAAAUGCUCUCUAUCUGUCUCAGCGUUGGAACAUGGAGAUGUUAGUCGCUGUGAAAUAUAUCUCAUUCUACGAACAAGAAGAAGAUCAUGACGAGAUGCUACUCAGGUUUGCUAAGAUCAGUUUCAAGUUACUGCAGCUCCAGUACAUUCAAGAUCUUAAAAUCCUUACAAACUGGUACAAGGAGGUUGACAAUGGAUCAAAGUUGCCACCUUACUUCAGACACAUAAUUGUCCAAAGUCAUUUCUUGAUACAAGCGGUGUUCUCCGUUCCACAACUCUCACGUGCAAGGAUCAUGUUGACUCAGUAUUACACUAUUUUAACGAUUAUAGAUGACACAUUCGACAGAUAUGCGUCUCUUCCUGAGGCUGAAAUCCUCGCCAAUAGCUUGGAAAGGUGGUCACCCGAUCCUGCCAUGGAUAAACAACCUGAAUAUUUGAAAGCCGUACUAUACUUUGUAUUCGAUACUUUUGAUGAUUUUGAAAAAAAACUUAGCCCGGGAGGAAAACCUGACAGUUUGGAAGCCAAUAUAGAAGAGUUCAAAGCAAAUGUGAAAGCCAACUUUGAACAUGCAAAAUGGGCACACGCCGCUCACCUACCUAGCUUUGAAGAGUACAUGGAGGUAGCUGAGGUGGUUAUCGGAGUGUAUGUAGUUUUGGCUGGUUAUUUCAUCUGUCUGGGAAAGAUGGCUACCAAGGAAGCUUACGAGUGGCUUAAAUCUAGACCAAGACUGGUCAAAUCUUUAUCUGUUAGAGGUCGUCUUAUGAAUGAUAUAACCGGUUUAGAGGAUGACAUGAGUAGAGGACAGAUCACGAAUGCAGUCAACUGUUAUAUGAAGCAAUAUGGAGUUACCAAACAAGAUGCUUUAAGAGAGCUUCAUAAAAUGGUUGCAGAUACCGAUAACAUAAUAAAUGAGGAGCUCUUGACGACAACUGGUGUGUCAUGUUUGGUUCUCAAGACAGUAAUGGGUCUUGCACAAUCGAUCACCGUCUGUUACAAUGGAUAUGAAGGAUACACUCGCCCCGAAGGAAAAAUGAAGGAGUACAUGACUUCUUUGUUUGUCGAUCAAAUUCGUCUUUAACAACUUUUGAAUGUCUAAGCGUGUGGCCUGUGUUCUUGGCUUCUAAUGACUGAUAGAUAGGUCGAUCACUCUUUAAUUUACCAAAAAUGUUUUAUUUUUAAUGUAUUGUCCGUUAUAAUUGAUGUUACAAAUAUUUAUUGCUUU